CAACAACAAAACCUUCAAAAAUGAGAAGCCUAGCUAACGGUAGCAGGCUGUUUUGCUAAUCCAGUGCUAAUAUUUUCAAGGACAAAAAGAUUAGAUUGGUGUGGCCUAUACGCAAAGUAUAGUAGAGACAUAUCGACUUUCUGUAGUUGUAGAGACCACACCAAUUUAUUUAUUUACUUCUCAGAAAUUUUUAAGUAACAGUGAUCGAAUAACAAGAUGAAAACAGCUGUGAGGAAAACUGAAAAUAGACCCUAUGACACCAAAAGAUGAAUGAAUAAUAUCGUGAUUCUUCUGAAACUGUCAGAAGAUUGUCUUUUGGUGUCAUGUCGUCUUAUUUCCCACUCCUAUGCUUGAUGAAAUUCUAUGUAUAAAUUGAGAGUCAAAACAAUUUUAGCUGUUUUUGUCUUUUGGAACAUGCCAUUUUGUUUCCGGAAGUGUACAAAGAACAUGCUUGAGGUAUUUUAUCAGAUCAUCUUGAAUCAUAGCAUUUUCAAUUUUUCCAAAAUCUGAAAGGUUUUGAAUUGAAUUUGGGUAUCACAUACAACAUACUUUCACACAUCAUAUUUAGCUAUCAUAAUCUUCAAGCAGAUUACAGCUAUGAACUUUUCCAGUCAAUACAACUCAUGUCAUGCAUCUUUGGCCAUUCCAGUUUGUUGACUAUUAAACCUUGUUACGUUUCAUAUUUUUAAUAUGCAAAGCUACACAUUAAAGGUAGCCAUUUGUGGAAUAAAGGUAUGGUCAGAAUUUUUUUACAUGUUCAUACAAGUCAAUGAGAAUAAAUCUGUGGUACGUGCAUGUCUUCUUAUGUGCAGUGAUGUUGAUGAUUUCUUCCAUGUGGGUUCUUGGAUUUAGAAAAAAACUGACAAAUCUCAUCAAGAAAGGAAUGUCUAAAUUGUAACGUCACCUUGCAUGUAGUGUACGAGAAACAAGAAAUGAAAUUGGUAUUGCCUAUCUUUACAUCUGCUUGGAGAUUUACUAAAUCGCGGUCUCUUGGGAAAGCUGAGAUGCCAGAUAAGGUCACACACAUCACGUGACAACAUGGCGGCGGCGCUUGCUAGAGUUUUAGACCGGGCGGUUAGAUUGUCCUUUCCUAUCCGCAUCCGUGUGUUUCCAGCGGCCAGGUUCAGUCAGCAUACUGUGGCACGAUGUCUCUCCACCACGCCGGCGAAGAAAGCUGUAGAGACCACGACUCCCAUGCCGGAGGCCGACGGCUUUCCUGGCGUGCGGACCCACCAGGAUCUGUACGAGUUCUCGCUGCGGGAGCCCGACACUUUCUGGGGAACCCUCGCCAAGUCCCGGCUGCAGUGGUUCAGGUCCUUCGACCGCGUGAGUGACUGUGACAUGUCGGAAGGGAGGAUAAAAUGGUUUCUUGGAGGCCAGCUCAACGUCUCAGUAAAUACCUUGGACAGACAUGCGCAGAAGACACCAGACAAGGCAGCCCUGAUUUGGGAGAGGGAUGAACCAGGCAGUGAAGUCAGGGUCACAUACAGGGAACUCCUAGCUAUGACAUGUCAGCUGGCCAACACCUUGAAGAGCCAUGGAGUGAAGAAGGGAGACAGAGUGUGCAUUUACAUGCCCAACUCACCCAUAGCUGUGGCAGCCAUGCAGGCAUGCGCACGCAUUGGAGCUCCUCAUAGUGUAGUGUUUGCUGGCUUCAGUGCUGAUGCCUUGGCAAGCAGGAUCCAAGAUGCUAACUGUGAAACAGUGAUCACCACCGACCAGGCGGUGAGGGGAGGCAAAGUGAUUGAGUUGAAAAAGACUGUGGACGCUGCCGUGGCUAACUGCCCCAUGGUGAAGAGAGUACUGGUAGCACAGAGGACCGGCCAAGAGGUGCCGAUGAAACACAACCUGGACUUUCCUCUGGAGGAGGAGAUGUCCAGCCAGUCUUCAGAGUGUGCCCCAGAGAUAAUGGACAGUGAGGAUCCCCUGUUCAUGUUGUACACAUCUGGUAGCACAGGGAAACCCAAGGGCAUCCUCCACACACAGGCAGGCUACCUGCUGUAUGCCACCAUGACCUCCAAGUUUGCCUUUGACAUCCGUGAAGACGACAUCUUCAGCUGUGUGGCAGACAUCGGCUGGAUUACAGGUCACAGCUAUGUCGUCUACGGUCCUCUCAGUAAUGGUGCCACCACUGUGCUGUUUGAGAGCAUACCCACAUAUCCCAAUCCAGGGCGGUACUGGGAGAUGGUGGAGAGACUGAAGAUCAACCAGUUCUAUCUGGCACCAACCGCCGUCCGCCUGCUGCUCAAGUUUGACGAGUCCUGGGUGAAGAAGUAUGACCGAUCCACCCUCAGGAAACUGGGCUGUGUUGGAGAACCGCUGAACGUGGAGGCAGGUGACUGGUACAACAACGUGGUCGGGGAGGGCAGGUGUGACCUGGUGGACACCUGGUGGCAAACAGAAACUGGAGGCAUCAUGAUCACCCCGAGACCCUCCCAGCCUGGUGCAGAAAUCUUACAUGGUCCCAUGAGGCCUUUCUUUGGGAUUGAACCUGUGCUGUUCAAUGACGAGCCUGGACCUGAGCAGGGAAAGGAGCUGCCAGGUACAGAGGUAUCAGGUGCGCUGUGUGUGAGGAAACCCUGGCCAGGCAUCGCUCGGACUAUAUUCGGAGACCACGAGAGAUACCUGGACACAUAUUUCAGACCCUAUCCAGGGACGUACUUCUCAGGGGACGGAGCUCACAGGGAUCACAAAGGUUACUAUCACAUCACUGGUCGUAUGGAUGAUGUCAUCAACAUCAGUGGACACAGGAUUGGCACAGCAGAGAUCGAGGAUGCCAUGGAUGAGCAUCGUGAUGUUGCUGAAACAGCUGUCAUUGGAACUCCACAUGAUGUGAAAGGAGAAGUACCAUAUGCAUUUGUGAUCUUGAAAGAAGGAGUGCGGCGUGAUGAAGAAGACAUUGCUAAGGAGCUGAAAGAUCUGGUCAGGAAAUCCAUCGCGGCAUACGCAGUUCCUGAUACUAUUUUGAUCACACCUGGCUUACCAAAGACCAGAUCUGGGAAGAUCAUGAGGCGAAUCCUGCGCAAGAUUUCUACCGACAAAGAAGAGGAGUUGGGAGAUGUGUCCACCCUGGCUGAGCCCAGUGUUGUGGAUGCUAUUGUCCAAAGUCACAAGGCCUACAAGCAAAGGACAACAAGCUAACUUUUACCCCUAACCCAAUAGGCUACUCACACUGGAUUUUAUGAAUGAAAUGCUGCCACAGGCAAAUGACUUUUAACCUGCUUUCUGCUUCAAAGGAUUCCUGAAUAUGACACCAAUUUUAUCCUUGAAUUUUCUUCCCGUUUGAUCAGAUCCACCAUAUAAGCAGAGGUACAUUUCAUCUGACAGGGUAUAUUUUAGGAGAAGUACUUGCUCUGUUCACACUUCUGCAACAUCAAUGUGGUUCAGAGCUUAGCCGAUUCAACAUAGCUUCACUAUCUUGAAAAGUUGCCUAAAUCUUUGGACUUCUGGGACAGGGGUUUGGAAGUGAACGUCUGGAGCGAAAUCGAACAAAAUAGUUAAAUUUUGGAAUCUGAUGUCAGUGUAGAAUGAUAUAUUUCAGAGGAUAUAGUCAUACUUCAAACUUCAAAAACUAAAAAAAAAACAAUGUAGUAUUUAAAAAAUCUUAGCAAUAUUAGUUGUAAAGCUCAUGGAAUAGUUUACAAGCAGAAAUGUUUUCAAAUGAAAUGAAAUGAAAAUUGCAAUCAGCCUUUGUGAUGAUUGCUCUAUUCCAGCAGCAAUUGAAUCACAAAUUUUUGCCUCUUGAUCUAAGUAUAACUUUGUGCCUAUAUGUCUUAGUUUGGAUUUCUCGUUUGGUUUCAAUUGGACAUUGCAUUCCUGAUUUGCAUUCAUGCAACUAAUUCUCACUGUUGAAGUGACCAGUAUUUUUUUUAUGUUCACUGUUUUGUACUCAUAAUCUAUGAUCAUGCAAUUGUUAUCAUUUAGCCGAAGUGUGUAUGCAGCAGGUUUGAUCAUACUGUUGUUAAUAAUGUGAUACUAACAACAAAUUUAUGACAGAUUUAACAAUCAUGACGAUUUGUGGUGCCUUCAGUCACAUCUGAUCUUACAAUUGAACAUAAUUUUUUCAUUUUAUUUUUUUAAGAAACCAAGUAUGAUUCAUGUACAGUCAAACUUCAGAACACUUGAAUCAGGGAACUGUAUAUUGAUACAUAAUUGUUUUGUAGUUUUUAAUGUAAUGCAGCAGCCACUGGGCACAGGCUUUAUCAAGAGGCCAGUAUAUACUAACGACGUGUUACGCAAAAUGUAUACUGUAUUUUGAUCUCAUAUAAUUGUGUAAGUGAUGUAGUGGCUAUAUAGUUGGAAGAACAAAAAUGUAAGAACUAAAUGAUAAAUGACUGUCCGUGUAUGAUAAUGUUUUAUAUUUUAGGAAGCCAGAAAGAACAUCAUUUUAGAAACUUUAAGCCAUAUAUAGAACACCAACUAUGGCAAUGACCCAAAUUAACUUAAGAUAACAAAUUGUUUUCUUGGUUUUCCAUUUACCAGUUUUACAAGUAACAGUUACCAUUUACAUUUUGAAUUAAGCCCAAAAUAAAUAAAAUUCAUUAUUUCCAGAACUAUUGUAGAGAGGAACUCUUUGCCACUAACUGCAGUAGGGGUAUCCUCACUAGAUAGCAGCUAGAUGUACAAAGGUUAGGAGU